UCCACCGAUCCUGCCAAGGAAAGAGAUUCAUCUUGAGGGGGGUUUAAAAUUUAGGAAAACACCAUUUUCCUUAUUGCUGACGCGGACUGGGAGCUGUAGCUACAUGCAGUAGCUUGGACUGCUACAUCCACCAUGUUUCUUUGGGUUUUAGUUUUAGGGGCCUUCGUUUCUAGAUCAGAAUGUUACUUUUCAGAGGAGAAAUAUCCAGAAGAAUCGAAAAUGCAGCCGCCAACGGUUGUUAUUGCGAUCAUUGCUCGGAACGCGGCGCAUUCCUUGCCUUACUACCUCGGAGCAUUGGAGAGACUGAACUAUCCCAAAGCACGCAUUUCUGUUUGGGCAGCGACAGAUCACAAUGCUGACAACACUACAGCUGUUCUGAGAGAAUGGCUGACAGUCAUGCAACAGUUUUAUCACUACGUGGAAUGGAGGCCUAUGGAGCAUCCUACGUCCUACCCAGGAGAGAUGGGGCCUAAAUACUGGAGCAACGGCAGAUAUGAAUACCUGAUGAAACUUAAACAGGCUGCUCUCAACUUCGCCAAGACACGCUGGGCUGACUACAUACUGUACGCUGACACAGACAACAUCCUGACCAACCCAGAGACUCUGAACCUUCUGAUAGCAGAGAACAAGUCUGUUGUGGCCCCCAUGCUGGACUCUCAGGGAGCCUACUCCAACUACUGGUGCGGCAUCACUCCCCAAGGUUACUACCGGCGUACAGCUGAGUAUUUCCCCACCAGACAGCGCCACCGGCUGGGCUGCUACCCGGUGCCCAUGGUCCACUCUACCUUCCUGCUGGACAUGAGGAAGACGGGUAUGAAGAAGCUGGCCUUCCACCCUCCUCACCUGGACUACUCCUGGCCCUUCGAUGACAUCAUCGUCUUCGCCUUCUCCUGCCGCGUCUCAGAGGUGCAGAUGUACCUGUGUAACAAGGUGAGGUAUGGUUACCUGAACGUCCCAGCCAAGCCUCACCACACCAUAGAGGACGACAGCAUCAGCUUUAGUCAUCUCAUACUGGAGGCCACCAUCGAUGGCCCCCCCAUGGCCCCCUCCAAAUACGUGAGUCUCUUCCCCAAACAGAGAGACCUCAUGGGGUUCGAUGAGGUGUACCUGAUCAACCUGCGUCGUCGUCAGGACCGUAGAGACAGGAUGCUGUAUUCUCUCAAUGAGCUGGAGAUAGAUGUCAAGGUGGUGGACGCCAUCGAUGGAGGAGCUCUGAACAGCAGUGAUAUAAAGAUUCUGGGAGUGGACAUACUGCCUGGUUACUAUGACCCGUUCUCUCGCCGUACCCUGACAAAAGGAGAGGUGGGAUGCUUCCUGAGUCAUUACUACAUCUGGAAGGAGAUGGUAGACCAGCAGAUGGACAAGGCGCUGAUCUUCGAGGAUGACGUGCGUUUCCAGGCCAACUUCAAGCGGCGCGUACUUCGUCUGAUGGAGGAGGUGGAGAUGGUGGAACUGGACUGGGACAUCAUUUACCUGGGCCGUAAGCAGGUGAAGCCAGGUGAUGAGGAGGUGGUGGAGAACGUGAGGAACCUGGUGGUAGCAGACUAUUCCUACUGGACCCUGUCCUAUGCCAUCUCUCUCCAGGGGGCCCAGAAGCUGCUCAACGCUGAACCCCUCUCCAAGAUGCUGCCCGUCGAUGAAUUCUUACCCAUCAUGUACGACAAACACACCAAUGAGAACUACAAGUCCCACUAUCCUAACCGUAACCUGCAGGCGUUCUCCACACGCCCCCUACUGGUGCAACCAGCCCAAUACGCCGGGGACCCCAAGUGGGUGAGCGACACAGAGACCUCCACGCUGUGGGACGACGACAACGUGCGAACAGACUGGAGGGGCUCCCACAAAACGCUGAAGGGGGCUCCCCAACCCGACAUGCUGCAGACGUCAUAUAAAGAUGAGCUGUAGUCCAACCAUACGUAUUCAUGCCUGAUUCACACUGCACGGCCAACCCCAUCCUUACUGCGCUGACUUGGAUAUGGUCUGUUCACGUUGUUCUUUUACAGCACUGUUCCAAAAACAACUGUGGAUGCAUAACGAGGCAGGUAGUGUUUGGUUUGACCCGGUAGUGUGAAAAGGGUUACUGGUUAUGGUGUCACUGCUGACUGUGCCAUUCAUCAGCGACACUUCAUUUCUCACUGUAUAAUUGGCCAUGUUGUAUUUUGUAUGUCGGUCCAUAAUCACUGGGAGUGACUGAAUAUACAGACAGCAGUGAUGCUGGCGGAGGCUCUAUAGACUUGGUCAAGUGCCCCAAGACCUGAUUUCAAAGUGUGUGUGAGUUUGUUUGUGUGUGUUCAAAUCAAGUGAUGCAUGUUAGGAAUGGCAGCGUUCAUGGAAGGACACUCCUAUACUGUCAGACACCUUCAAGGCUUGGGGUCAAUUUCAAAUUGAAGGCAUUCAAUUCAGGAAGUAAACUGAAAUGACAUUUCAAUUACGGAUCAAAUAUAUAUAUAUAUAUAUAUAUAUAUAU